AUGGACCAUAGUUUGAGCUACCGUAAAGUCAAUGCUUUGUCCCUGCCACCCGGCACAUUGAUAAACGAGCACUACGAAGUGAAGAAACUUAUGUGCCGUACACGACUCACCGAGGUGUAUGAGGUGUGUGACAAGAGAGGAGAUGCAAAAUGUGUCCUGAAAGUUCUUGACAUCAACAACGGUUCAUUUCUUGUCGAGUCUAACUGGUUGGAAAAGCGUCGCCGCGAUCGCGGAUUCCCGUAUUUGGUUGAAGCUUUCAAAUCUGAAAUUAAUGGAGAGAAAUACAAUUGCAUUGUCACAUCGCACGAAAGCGAAAAUUGGAUCGAACUGCAGAAAAGAAAUGGCAACAUCUCGAUUGCCAACACUCUGCGCAUUGGAUACAAACUGUUUUGUAUGCUGGACGAUAUGCACCAGAAAGGAUUUGUUCACAGAGAUAUCCAGUUUAGCAACAUUCUGUUCGACCUCAACUACGGAGGCGACAUCGAUAUCAAGCUCAUCGACUUCGAACACACUGUCCAACAUACACCCGCUCCUGAAUCCAUUCGCUUGGCUGGUUGGUACAGGAGUCUAGAAGUUAUCGAAGGGAAGCCAUUCACCGUGUUCGAUGACUACACUUCUCUCGUAUGCUUGUUGAUGCACUGCCAAAACAUCAAACCAUUCGGAAACUCAUGGGAUACCAACUUGCAGCUUAAAAGACAAUUUAACAACACUCCUAUGGCAUAUUUCCCUGAACCAAAGACUGAGUGGAUCGGACGGUUGUACGAAGAAAUUAAGAACCAGCGCACAGCUGGAUAUGACAAGUCAGCCAUCAUUGAGAUUUUCAAGAAUGCAUUGGCAGGCGUUUCUCCACAAUCUCCUAUUAGCUACACGUUCACCAAUGGUCUCUUCUACAUUGAUUGA